GAUGAACUCGAUCGCCCACAAAAUUCUGCCAGGUAGUUUGUUCAUGAUCUCUGGCGCUUUGUGAGCAUACUGUUUGCAUUGUUAGACCGGAGAAAUGGCGCAUCUGAAUCUCUUAUUGGAUGAUGAAAGGUCCUACACUGUGCCUCGAGAAUCAUCUGAUAUCGAAGGAUUUUGUGAUGGAUAUGCCCUGCGACGACAUAAAUUCGAAGACAAGGCAAUCGAGGGUUCUCUACAAUGUCGCGAAGACUGGUUGAAAUACAUAGGUCCAAUUGAACGCUGGGGCUGCAACAGCCCAUGGGAAGGACAUUUUGGAACAGUGGUUCUCCCACUUUGUAAACCAGAGAGACUGGGGGUUAUUUCAUAUAUUUUCGAAUACGCCUUUCUUUAUGACAAUGUUGUCGAAUCAGCAGCCAAGUCCACUUGGAACCCUCAUGGCGACGAUAUUUCUCUCGAUGAUACAGAAUAUCGGACGGUAAAAUCAGUUAUCGGAACCAAGCAAAUACAGUCCAAAAUGCUCUUGCAACUGCUCUCCAUUGACGCACCAUGUGCAGAGGUUGUGAUUGACUCAUGGAAGACCAUGGUUUCUACGACUGCAAAGCAGGACAAAUCUCGCAUAUUUGAGAAUCUUGAUGAAUACGUGGAUUAUCGGAUUAUAGACACAGGCGCCCCGUUUGUCGAUACGCUGAUGCGUUUUGGGAUGGGUAUUCGACUCACUCCUGAAGAAGAGGAGAGACUUUCUUCAGUAGUCAAACCUUGCUAUGCCGCCUUGGGGUUGGCAAAUGAUUACUUCUCAUUUGAUGUUGAAUGGGAGGAUUUCCGGUCAGGGCGUUGCGGCGAGAGCACCAUGACGAACCUGGUUUGGCUCUUUAUGAAAUGGUACCAGAUCGAUGCAGCUGAAGCGAAAAGCCGUGUCAGAGAAGUAACCAAUGGGUACGAAGAGGAAUUUAGGAAACGAAAAGACGCAUUCUUGGCAGGAGAAGGAAAAGGAAAUAUCAAGCUGGCCACCUACUUGAGGGCCUUGGAAUAUCAAAUCCCAGGAAAUGUUGCCUGGAGCAUUCGAUGUCCCCGCUACCACCCUGGACUCUGCGAUGAGGCGAGCCUCAUGUUGCAAAGAAAUAAAGAAAAAGGCUUGAAUACGAUUCAGAAAGAUGACAAUACGGGGCAAGAAACCUCUGCAGGGAACAUAACCAGACACUCGAGUAUCUCCGAAAACAGUAUAUCAAAUGAGUCUUUUAGUUGGUCUGACUCUUCGUCGCGAUCUUCGAUAUCGUCCAGUCCGUCAAAAGAUGAAGAUCGACGGCUCUUGGAGCAGACAAAACUAGGCAGUGAGCAUCUUCUUGGACCAGCAGAUUACAUUAGCUCUCUUCCUUCCAAAGGAAUCCGGGAGGCAUUUAUUGACGGACUAAAUGUCUGGUUCACUUUACCACCCCAUCUUAUCAACCAAUUCAAGUCCAUUACGCAGACUAUGCACAAUGCGUCAUUAAUGCUAGAUGACAUCGAAGAUGCAUCCCCUCUCCGCCGCGGUCAACCAGCAACUCAUGUAAUAUUUGGAGCCGGACAAACUAUCAAUUCUGCAAACUUCCUUUUGUUACAGGCUGCCGACCAAGUGAGACAGCUCGACAACCAACGAUGUUGGGAUAUAUUCAUGGAAGAGACCCAGAACUUGUUCAUCGGACAAAGUUUCGAUCUGUAUUGGACCAGGCAUGGGAAAUGCCCCUCGCAGGAUGAAUAUCUUGCAAUGAUCAGUCAGAAAACCGGUGGUCUUCUUCGACUGAUAACACGGAUGAUGAUGCAGAAGGCGAAAACAGGGCAUAGUUGCUCCUUGGAUUCAUUAGCUACUCUGCUGGGUCAGUUUUUCCAAAUCCGCGACGAUUACAAAAAUCUAACAGAAGAGUAUGCUGAGAAAAAGGGUUUUUGCGAGGAUCUCGAUGGAGGGAAGUUUUCUUUCCCGUUGAUUCACGCCUUGACGUCUCCUCCUGGAGACUUCCAGCUGCAGGGAAUCCUCCAGGUCUCACGGACGUCAGGGGGUCUACAUGUGCCUCUGAAGCAGUUUGUGCUCGAUCAUCUGCAGAAAGCUGGGAGUAUGAAGUACACUGAGCAGACACUAGCGUCUUUGUCACAGAGGAUAGCAGACUCUAUCGCAGCGUUGGAAGAUGAAACGGGGCAUUGCAACUGGGUGUUGAGGCUUUUGAACCACAGGUUGAAAAUAAAAUGAGAUGUUUGAGCCUGUAGUAAGUAAUAGAAGACCAAUAAACAUUGACGCCAUCCGGAGAGAGACGUGUAAUCCUGGUAUAUUAAGACUCCGUAAGAUUUAUGAAUCGGCCACACAAGUACGAUUCCUAAUGAAGGCAUCACAUAAUGUGAAUUGGAUUAGUACUUCGCAAGGAACUAGGGGGACUAAGUAAGGACACAAAGCAAAAGCAGAUAUGUCAUUGCCUUUCAGUUCUAGUUAACAGAGACGAGG